UUAAAGAAUCACCUGAUGAUACACACUGGGGAGAAGCCAUUUAAAUGUAGUCACUGUGAUUACAAAUUCAGACGCAAAUCACACUUAAAGAAUCACCUGAUGAUACACACUGGAGUCAAGCCAUUUAAAUGUAGUCACUGUGAUUACAAAUUUAGUCGGAAAUCAGACUUAAAGAAUCACCUAAUGAUACACACUGGGGAGAAGCCAUUUCAAUGUGGCCACUGUGAUUACAAAUGUAGUCGGAAAUCAGACUUAAAGAAUCACCUCAUGAUACACACUGACGAGGAGAAGCCAUUUAAAUGUAGUCACUGUGAUUACAAAUGUAGUCGGAAAUCAGACUUAAAGAAUCACCUCGUGAUACACACUGGGGUGAAACCAUUUCAAUGUAGUUACUGUGAUUAUAAAUGUAGUUUCAAAUACAACUUAAAGAAUCACCUGAUGAUACAUACUGGGGAAAAGCCAUUUCAAUGUAGCCACUGCGAUUAUAAAUGUAAUUUCAAAUCACUCUUAAAGAAUCACCUGAUGAUACAUACUGGGGAGAAGCCAUUUCAAUGUAUCCACUGCGAUUAUAAAUGUAAUUUCAAAUCACUCUUAAAGAAUCACCUGAUGAUACAUACUGGGGAGAAGCCAUUUCAAUGUAGCCACUGCGAUUAUAAAUGUAGUUUGAAAUCAAACUUAACGAAUCACCUGGUGAUACAUACUGGGGAGAAGCCAUUUCAAUGUAGCUACUGUGAUUACAAAUGCAAUCGGAAAUCAGACUUAAAGAAUCACCUGAUGAUACACACUGGGGUGAAGCCAUUUCAAUGUAGUUACUGUGAUUAUAAAUGUAGUUUCAAAUACAACUUAAAGAAACACCUGAUGAUACAUACUGGGGAGAAGCCAUUUCAAUGUAGCCACUGUGAUUACAAAUUCAUUCGGAAAACAGACUUAAAGAAUCACCUGAUGACACACACUGGGGUGAAACCAUUUCAAUGUAGCCACUGCGAUUAUAAAUGUAGUUUCAAACCAAACUUAAAGAAUCACCUGAUGAAACAUACUGGUACGAAGCCAUUUAAAUGUACCCACUGUGAUUAUAAAUGUAGUUUAAAAUCAAACUUAAAGAUUCACCUGAUGAAACACUCUGGGGCGAAGCCAUUUCAAUGUAGCCACUGCGAUUAUAAAUGUAGUUUCAAAUCAAACUUAAAGAUUCACCUGAGGAAACAUACUGGGGAGAAGCCAUUUCAAUGUAGCCACUGUGAUUACAAAUGCAGUCAUAAAUCACGCUUCAAAGAACACCAGAUGAAACAUACUGGGGGGAAGACAAUUAAAUGUAGCCACUGCGAUUACAAAUGCCGUUAUAAAUCAACCCUAGUAAGACACCAGAAGACGCAUACAGGGACGAAGCCUAUAGACGUAUCAAUAGCGAGUACUAGUGCAGCCUGAAACAGCGCCUGUGAAGACACCAGAUCAUACACGCGGAAGAGAAGCCUUGUAGGGAAGCGUUGGAGGGUAUGCUGCCUUUUGAACUAAAUCGGAAAGUUAAUCCUGUGCUGCCCCCUACAGCUCACGCGCGCUCCCGUGUACUAAUGUAAUCACUGCAAACACGAGUCGAUUUAAAUACGUCUUAAAAAUACCUUAUGUGGAAAAAUAUCUUAGUGUAGAUCCCCAAACAGUAACUAAAAUGCAAUAACCGGCCAAACUUCAUAAGGUUUCGGUUACAGCUGCCCGAAAAAUAACCGAUAAUCGGUUAUGGUUAUUUUCGAUAAAAAAUGAUAAAUUUGCAAUCGAGUAAUGGCCUCUUGCAUCAAAAGCGCCGGCCGUUGAUAUCGCCACGGCACCAUUAAUGAUUUGGUCCGGCGGUCGCUUGCUACCUUUUUGUGCCUGCUACUUUAGAACUCUCAGGCAUGGCGAGAGACGAUGGCAGGUGACUGGACGGAGCCACACUGUUACCACACCUCGGACGCUGGCGAUCAAAUGUAUGAAAUAAACGCGUUCCUACGCACACAGUCUAAGCUCGUGUAGGUGAACGCGUACCAUGCUUGUGUGAGUGAGAUAAGACGUGCUAGGGUUCCCGCCAUUUUGUCAAGUUCGAUGACCUCAAUGACUCAAAAGUCAUUGCGCGAAUUAGUUAGGAAGAAACAAGAAUCGUAUUAUGUUGUAAGGUGGGUAUCUUAGCUCGAUUUAUACAAUAGUUUCCUAUUUUGAAUCAGUAUAAACGAAGUAACAAAAUUUUUGUAACGACAUUCAGGCCACCAAAAUAUCACGUAAGUUGAAAACAUGAUUUUUUGUUCAUAUAGAUAUUGUGUUGUUUUCAUUGUGAUCUGAUAGGUUUUGUAAAUAUUUGAAUAUUUUACGUG